AUGACUGAGGAUAAUCAUUCCUUCACAGCUGACUUUAUCCUCAUGGGAUUUACCGAUCACCCAGAUCUAAAGACCCUGCUGUUUGUGAUGUUCUUUGUCAUCUAUCUGAUCACCAUGGUGGGCAAUCUUGGGUUGGUGAUGUUGAUCUCCAUGGAGCGCCAUCUGCACACACCCAUGUACAUCUUUCUGGGCAACCUGGCUCUGAUGGAUUCCUGCUGCUCCUCUGCCAUCACCCCCAAGAUGUUACAGAACUUCUUUUCUGAGGAUAGAAUGAUUUCCCUCCAUGAAUGCAUGGCACAGUUUUAUUUUUUCUGCUUUGCUGAAACUGCAGACUGCUUUCUUCUGGCAGGAAUGGCUUAUGACCGUUAUGUGGCCAUAUGCAGACCACUGCAGUACCACACGAUGAUGUCAAAGCAACUCUGCAUUCGAAUGAUCAUCGGGGCCUACAUAGCCGGAAAUCUGCAUUCCAUGAUUCAUGUAGGGCUUUUAUUUAGGUUAACCUUCUGUGGAUCUCAUCAGAUUAAUCAUUUUUUUUGUGACGUUCUUCCAUUAUACAGACUCUCCUGUAUUGAUCCUUAUCUCAAUGAACUGAUGGUACUUAUCUUUUCAGGAUCAGUUCAAAUCUUCACUAUUACCGUAGUGUUAAUCUCUUAUCUUUGCAUACUGUACACCAUUUUCCAAAUGAAAUCCAAAAAGGGAAGAGGCAAGGCCUUAUCUACUUGUGCGUCUCACUUUCUUUCGAUUUCAAUAUUCUAUGGCUCUCUUCUCAUCAUGUACAUUCGGCCAAGUUCAGGUACAGAAGGGGAUAAAGAUAUACCAAUUGCUAUUUUUUAUACUCUAGUAAUCCCUUUAUUAAACCCUUUUAUCUAUAGUCUAAGAAAUAAGGAAAUAAUAAGUGUUAUGAAGAAAUUAUUAAGAAGAGAAAGCACAUCAAUCUGA